CAAACUACCACACUUAACUGAAGUCCUACAACCAUGUCUUCUACUUCUCCCACUUCUCCGGCCAUCAUCCAUUCUCUGAUUAGAGACUUCUACUCUAGAAGACUUCUAUUCCACACUCCCCUCUAUAAACAACCCACUCAACUAAGCCCAUCAUGGACCAGCCCGGCCGGUUCUGAGCCGGAUUCCGGCAGACCGGCGAGUAGCUUCGAUGCCAACGUCGUCAUGAUACUUGCCGUUCUCCUAUGCGCUUUAAUAUGUGCACUAGGACUCAAUUCCAUCGUCCGGUGCGCACUCCGGUGCUCGAACCGCAUCGUGGUCGUCGAGCCCGAUACCAACCCGGUGGUUCGGUUCGCCCAGACCGGGCUCAGGAGGAAGGCCCUCCGAGCCCUGCCCACACAGGUAUACUCGGCCGGGGUCAAGCUCGAUGGGGCCAACACAGAGUGCGCCAUCUGUCUCUCGGAUUUCGUGCCCGGGGAAAGGGUCCGGUUCCUGCCCAGGUGCAACCAUGGGUUCCAUGUUAGGUGCAUCGACCGGUGGCUCAUGGCGCGGUCGUCGUGCCCGACCUGCCGGCAAUGUUUGUUUUGUUCGAGCCCGAAGACCUCCGGUUGCACCGAGGUGAACCAGCCGGGUCAAGCACCGGUUCAGGCAGUCCUAGUGCCAUUGGAGCCAGAAGGUCUGAUUACUAAUUAUGAAUCAUAGAGAGGAUUGUUAGCUAUUUUUUUUUGUUUUUUUCUUCUUUUUUUUUUUCUUUUGUUUUGAGAAAAUCAGGGCUGUUAAAUACUUAAACUUGCUUCAGGGUUCAAAGUAUAUGUAAACCGUAUAUACCGGGCUGCUGAAAAGUUUUGAGUGUUAUGUUCAGUAAAAGAAUAUAUAUAUAAAGAGAGGAGUGCUGUGCUUACUUUUUAAAUGAUUUGCAGCUUGGGAUCUUCUUUUCUAUACUAUGCUCUUUUUUCAUCUUAUUUCGUUUUAAAUAUACUUGAAAGUAAAUGUAGGUGCACUCCGAUCGUUCAGCAUCAUGUUCCUAUACUUGACUGCACUGGAUGUGCAUCAGAGAUAUAACAUGUAACAGUGCAGAUCAAUUGUGUCAUGGCCCAGUGUUGCAGAUUCAACUGAAGGUAGCAAUCAACAUUGCCCUUUUUCCUAUAGAAAUGUCGCAUCA